GUGCAUUGUCGCCGCUCUUUAUUCAGCGGCGAAUAAUACAUGGAAAAUUGUCAUCCCAAUUGUUGUCGUGCCAUUGUUGCCCUAAUGACAGCAUUCAGGUUUAGUUGGCUUCGAAACUGGUCAUCAGUGCAUGCCUGGCUGUCACUCCAGCGACUUUUGACCUUAAAGCUUGUGUAUAUCGUGCGACUGUCCAGCGCAAGACGAAGGUUCAAGUUACUUAUUUUCGUUUGUGUGAGUGCACGAUUUAAGAAAAACAAAAGACGAAGCAGAAUCUAAAUGAGAAGUGCAGUGUUUUAACCAAUGGCGUACAUAGAGACCCCAGUGCCAGUGAAACCGACAACAAAGUUGAAAUCAAACCCGUUCCACAUAAAGAGACCAAUGAACGCCUUCAUGGUUUGGUCGCGGUUGCAACGGAAGAAAAUAUCAACGAUGAACCCGAAAUUGCACAACUCGGAAAUAUCGAAAAGGUUAGGCUUAGAGUGGAAGAGUUUGAAUGAAUCCGAGAAGAGACCUUUUAUAGAUGAAGCGAAGAGGCUAAGAAUAAAACACAUGCAGGACUAUCCGGAUUAUAAGUACCGGCCAAGGAGGAAGAACCGUUUGGAGUCAGCGCCCUACGCAAACCCUGUGUAUUCUACUCGAGAGACAUUCUUGGAAGUGGAGCCUCGUCCAGAUACAAGUUACCAGAUACCAUUGAGUUAUUCAGAUCAGUUCGUCUAUAACAACAUGAUAAGUUACACAGUGCCAUCUAUAUCUCAGGCUACGUUUGUGUCUGCUCCGAUGAGGCCCAAAGAGGAUACCUUGCCAAAUUUGGAUUUAAGACCUUUGCCAUCCAUAGAGAGCAUAUCCCCUAGGCCUUUCACAGUGGUGAAUCAACAGAUGAUGGUGAAGGCUUAUCAAGACUUGCAUUACGUGCCGACUGAAGUAGCUAGAAUGUCUUAUCAUUAUCCUUUUGGCGUCCAGUAGACUGCGUUCGAAAAAUACUUGCUACUUAAAGUCAAACUUCAAUAUGUGUAGCUUUAAAUUAAAAAAUAGUCAGGUUAUUAUUACGUGUAAUCGGUUUUUUAUUAAUUUAAAUAAACGUAGGAAAUAC